UGGCCCUCGAGGAGGUUUCGACGUCUUACCUUGGGGGACAAGUCUUGCAAGGCAAUCGCCAACAACCCUUCGAUAUACUACAGGGAUUGCUGGUUACUAUAGCUGGGCAGGUUCUAGACAAUUUCUCUCUUCAUUACAUUCACAAAAGCUAACACGGAAGAUAGAACGAAGAAAAAACUCCAUUUAGUGCGGUUUUCUGGAUAUCUGCACCUCGCACAAAGUAUAAUCAACGAUUGCAGACUGGAUUACCCAGCCAAGCUGCGAGUAGUAAGACACAGAAUUGACGUCAUGGACACGGAUCCUCCGACAGAAUCGAUUUCCCUGCGAAACGAGGAAAUGCGAGCUUUGGUUGGAUAUUUUCUCCUUGACGCGUGUCACUCCGUAGUACUACAGCGGACAGGAUCAAUGCCUUGGUCACCCUUCAUAGAAUCAUGCGCUGCGAAGUUGUCGCAGGAAUGCGAAUUCCCAACCGAUCGAUACCUGUUAGGCCAGGUUCAAGUACAACACAUGCUUGUACGAAUCGAUUCCCUAGUUGCACGGGGAGUCGGUGAGAAUAAGGCUCCUGUGGAUAUAGAAGUUAUGAUUAGUUCUCUUCAAAGCGAUUUUGAAGCUUGCAAAGCCCGGCUUCCUGUCCCUAUGGACCAUGAUGCAUUUCAAGGCAUUCCAUCCCACGCCUUCGAAAUCCAUCUCUAUCAAACUAUCUUUUUCGAUGUAUACCCAUCUUCCGCCGCGUCAUUCGACCAAUCCAUGGCCCUCCUGCGAAUCGAUGCCCUGUGUCACGGACUAGCGGCUGCAAAACAAUUUAUGAGCUUUUACUUCAGCCUACCACCGGGUAUUGAAAAGAGAUUCAGUUACCUCCAAUGGACAAUGACCGGGUUCAGCGUUGCAGCUUCAUGCAAACUUGUUCUCGCAUCGUUGGAGCCAUCCGUUCGAGAUCACGAGCAAGUCCGAGGGUUGCGAGAGACAUUGGAUAUGCGGCAUGAAAUCCAGAAAUCCGUCAAGCGCAUGAAUACGCUUGAUCAGGAGUGUAAAGGUGGGAAGUGGGAUCAACAUGAGAUGUUCUUCUACCAAGAUUGGCUGCAGCUCCUUUCUGAAUGGUUUGAAGAGAAAUACCGUCUUGCGCAGUCUGAUAGUGCUGGAGUGAAGAACGGUGCACUGGGAGUCUUCACCACUGGAAUCUCAGAACAUCAUGUCUAUGAAGAGCCUCAGCCUGAUCCUGGUUUUCCUUGGGUGGAUCUUCAGGACGUUACGAUUGAGGAGAUGUUGAAUGCGUGGUUAGGGCCAAUGAAUAUACCACACUACUUUUAAGAUGUACAAAUUAGCCUGGAUAGUUUCAGCGACGAAUACUUACCCCUCUCUGCUUUCUUUUAUUUGGAUUACUU